AUGAGUGACCAUGGAGAGAAGACUUGUCCACUGUGUGCUGAGAAGAUGGAUCUUACUGAUCAGCAAUUGAAGCCUUGCCAAUGUGGCUAUCAGAUAUGUGUUUGGUGUUGGCAUCACAUAGUGGACAUGGCAGAGAAAGAUCAAAUAGAAGGGCGUUGUCCAGCUUGUCGCACUCCAUAUGACAAAGAAAAGAUUGUUGGGAUGACUGUUGAUUUUGACAGUCUGGCCUCUGAAGGCAACAUUGAGCGCAAGAAGGUUCAAAAGUCAAAAUCAAAACCUUCUGAAGGGCAAAGGGAACUCACCAGUGUGCGAGUCAUUCGAAGGAAUCUUGUUUACGUUGUCGGGUUGCCCAUUAAUCUAGCAGAUGAAGAUCUACUCUAUCACAAAGAAUAUUUCGGUCAGUAUGGAAAAGUUAUGAAGGUUUCAAUGUCCAGAUUAGCAUCUGGUGUCAUCCAACAUUCCCAAACAGUACAUGCAGUAUAUAUUACUUAUGCAAAAGAGGAAGAGGCUGUUCGCUGCAUUCAGGCUGUUCAUGGGUUUACCUUGGAUGGUAAAGCACUGAAGGCUUGUUUUGGGACAGCUAGGUAUUGUCAUACAUGGCUGAGAAACGUGACAUGCGUCAACCCUUAUUGUCUCUAUUUGCAUGAGGCUGGCUCUCAAGAGGAUACUUUCACAAAAGAUGAGCUCAUAUCUGCCUAUACAAGAGUUCAGCAAAUCACUGGAACAUCAAAUGUUCUGCAGCACCGUUCAGGGAGCAUGCUACCGCCACCACUGGAUGCUUAUUGUAGUGACAAUUCUACUACAAAACCAAUCGUAAAAGUUCCUUCAACGAAUGCAGCAAGUGUUCCCUCCACCGCUCUUCCUGCUGCAUCGUCAUGGGAUCCUCCUCGCAAUCCAUUAUCCAGUUCAAGUGACUCUUCCUACGAUAGCAGAGCCACUGACCAGCCUUCAGCUACUAUGAACUCGUUUCACGAUCCAAAUGAAACUUGUGAUCAAGGUUCUAUUAGACAACCUGGUCCUGAAGUAUCAAAGUUGCCACAUUUAGAGCAGUGUAGGAUGGAUAGCUCUGUAAGACUGAUAAGAAAGCUGUCCCAUCAGAAAAUGGGCUCCCCUGCACAAGGCCUGAGUGGGAUUGGAGAUCAGAUUUGCAAUCCCAGACGCGAGUUAACUCAAAACUGGAAGUGGAGAAUGUAUCAUCAUUUGAUAGCCAACGGAAACACCCUGAAGAAGAUAUCAUUCGCUCGCGGUCUGAACGAUUCACAUUCGAGGUUUGCUUUGGACAGAGGCAGCGAUAGAUUGCAUGUUCCUAAUGGAUUUGGUGAGAAAACCAUGUCCAAUGUGGAGCACUCUCUGUUUGCUAAUGAAGGCAGGAACAAACGAUCUUCUACGCUUAAACCUUCCAACCUCCUGAAGCAACAUAACAGCCAGUCCAGAUUUUCUUUUGCUCGGUAUGAAGAAUCUAGUAAUCAAACAUUUGGCAGUGAGAACCAUCGCCUUUGUGGGCAGUUGCCGAGAGGUAAGCCUAUUCAGGAGUCUGUAGCGAGCCGAGAUAUCUAUCAGGAUAAUCUUGGGAGUCUUAAUGGAUUUGCUUCAAACUACUCUGGUGGAUUGGAAAACUAUGCUGCUAGUCCUAGAAGUCGUUUUCCUGACUCUACCUCCUUGUUGAGGAAUGCUUAUCAAGUACAGCCUCCAGUUGGUAAUCCGAAUGGUGCAAAUGAUAUUGAGUUUGUGGAUCCUGCAAUUUUAGCUGUGGGAAGAGGGAUGGUGAAUGCAGACUUGGAUAUGAGAUCAGGAUUCUCAUCUCAAAUGAAUUCCUUUGGAAACGAAACAGGACGGCAAAUGUUGAGACAGCAGUCUCUGUCUGCUGCACAACAACAAGUGAAUGGGUUUCACCAUGAUCACAGAAACUUAUCUCCUUCGCUUGCCACCGAUCCUUACCGAUAUAGUUCAAGGCCAGUGCAUCACCAGACACAGGGAAGUAGCGUAUCUGCCUUGUCACAGCUCCAAAGACAACAACAACAACAACCAUCUGCAAAUUCAAACUUGUCUAAUGGUCACUGGGAUAAGUGGAAUCAAGGGCAAAGUGUGAACUCUCUGGGCAUGACUGAGCUUCUUAGGAAUGAACGGCUGGCAUUUAAUGGGAGCCUAUACAACAACGGCUGUGAAGAACCCAAAUUCCGGGUUCCAAGCCCCGGAAAAUGGGACCCUUUACCUUUUACCUUUUUCUCAUAG